CAUGGCAACGAGGUUCCUCUUUGUUCUCUUCUAAAAUAUGAAGGACGCCCUAUUUUUUUCCUCCUCCAGUCCACCAACAAUGGAUAUGGAACCGCGUUCUUGGCCUGAAUCUGCCCAUCUUCCUGCAGAUCAACGACGAGCCAUUUCUGAGCUUGUUAAAGGUCGAGAUUUCGCUCUUCAGCUUCUCGAUCUAGUUCAUAGUAACAACAAUAAUACAAACCCCGUCGAUCAAGAUCUUGUCCGCAACAUUCUCGGCUCUUUCAACAACACUCUCUCUAUUCUGAAGAGAAAGAAUAAUAAUAAUAAUCAUGGUGAGUCUGAUGAAGUUUCUCAAGUUCCGUCUCCUACCCUCUUGGCCUGGGAUCCUGCUGCUGAUGUUGCUUUCAAGUCUGAGGAUUCAGAGGGAAGCACUAAAUAUUCCUCAAGAGCCAAAGAUCGGAGAGGAUGCUACAAGGGAAGAAAGUUCUCUGACUCAUUUAUCAAAGAAUCCUCUACCCUGGUAGACGAUGGCCAUGCAUGGAGAAAAUACGGGCAGAAAGUGAUUCUUAAAGCCAAAUACCCAAGGAACUAUUUCAGGUGCACUCACAGGCAUGAACAAGGUUGCCUGGCAACAAAGCAAGUUCAACAGAUUGAUGAGAAUCCUCCAUUGUACCGUUCAACAUAUUUUGGUCGUCAUACAUGCAAGAACUUGCUCAAAGCUUCUCAGCUUCUUAUGGAUUCAUCUUCUUCUAAGGAUCAAUCUUCAAUGAUCAGCUUUGGUAAUAAUACUCACAUCACAGAUAAACAAAACUACCCAUAUUUCUUUUCCUUUUCCUCUUCCGUGAAACAGGAGAACAAGGAUGAAUACAAUAAGAACCCCUCAUCAGCGUCUGAUCAUCAUCAUUAUCUCUUGCCACAUCAAGAUUAUGAUCAACUUAGAACACUUUUAUCUUCUGAACAUGGGGAUGUGAUUUCUGGGGGUAAUUCUUCAUGUUCAAGUUUGGAGAUGGAAGCCAAGGUGGUUGAAUCUGUCGAGUUUGAUGAUGAUAUUUUGCAGUUUGAUUUUUGAGAACUUGUUCUCAAUAUAGAAAUACUGUGUUAAAUUUGCUCUACUUUCUUAUUAGAAGAUAGUUCUAGCUAAUGAAUUUCUUCCGUAACUCCCUUUUAUUGUAAAAUUUAACUUCUCCAUUAGUGUCUCAACUUUGAGAAAAAUGAACCCUAGUCAUUCAUUACUGUAUUCUCUUUAGGUAUUAAAAGAAUAACAAGUUAUGUCGUGCACUUUUAGAAUAAGGUCUUUAUAAAGUUAUGUAGAGAGAAUUAACAAACUCCUUGCUUGCCAAGUUAUGUUGGGCACUUUGGGAAUAAAGUUCGCUUGUAAAGUUAGUCUUUUAAUUA